CGAAACAUCAUCCACACGUGCUCUCACACCCCAUCCCAGGAUUCAUCCACAAUGAGUCGGAGUCUUCUACGGCUCCCCAUACGCACAGUCCCUCGUGCUCCCCAAAAGGGAAACCAGUGGAUUUGCCGGCGAUGCCUCGCGACCGAAGCCGAUGAAUCUGCAUCUAUCCGUUUUCAACCUGCACCAUUGAAGGAAUCACGGCCCUCACCCACGCCAUCACCGCAUAACAAUACCAACACCGACAUCGCCUAUCUCCGAAGACCGCUCCCGCACAAGAUCCCCGUCCAAUACCUCCAGCACAGCACCACAGAGCACCUGCCGCCUAAGGAGCAAGAACAGAGAGAUGAGGCAGAGGCACACAAGCCGAUAGUCGGUGUGGUGGUGAGCGCGGGCAAGAUGCAGAGGACGGUGAAGGUGCGCGUGCCGCGAAUGGAAUGGAAUAAGCGCAUUAAAAAGCACUUCCGCAGCUACGUACGACUCCUUGUCCAUGACCCGAACAGUUCGCUGGUGGAGGGAGACGUGGUAUCAUUGCACCGCCUUCGGGUUGCAGAACGCGUUCGCCAUGUCGUGGCCUCCAUCAUUACCCCUUUUGGCAUACCUGUGGAGGACCGUCCGCCCAUCCCCACCCCCGAUGAGCGACUCAUUGCGUACAAAGAGAAGCGUUUCAACCGGCUGCAUCGACGCAAGUUGCGCGCUAGCGCUGCUGCCGGCAGUGAAAAAGCCAUGCGCAAGCUCCAAGAUCUGGGCUUGGAUCCGGGCGAAGUCGUCAAGCCGGUGAAAGGCAGUGGUGCAGAGAGGCAGCCUGAGGAUCAGACAAAGGCACAGGCCAAAAGUCCGGUCAACGAGCGUGCUCAGCGGAAUAAAGGACGGGAAAUGAAGUUGAAGCAGCAGGCGGAGGCCAAUAUUCUUGAGGCGAAAGAGAAAGGCGAACGGUUGAACAAGAAGGGGAUUGUGACUGGAUCGAGUCUGCCAACUCAGGGCCCUCUGACCGAUCCUCCCACCAGCAGGGCAGGACAGAAGGGUGCAAGAAAGUGAGGCUAUGUAGCAUUAUAUCAAGCAUUGAGCGAUGUUUCUAUCCGCCACUGCAGAAACCGCGAUGUCAUUCCUCGUUCCUUGAAAUAUAGUCCCUUGGCGGCCAAACACGCUGCACGUCUCAUUGGCCGCCGCAGCUGAAGCUCGCGCAUGCGACACACACGCAUUCACUGCCCACUUGCUGCGCCCCCAACAACGAAACAAAACCACC